UUUUUUUAGCCGUUCUCCUCCGAAUCGUGUUUAAUGUUGUUCGCCUGAGCCCAAUUGAAUUUUUACACGACGCGUCCGUCUCCCCUGAGUACUGCUGACGAGUACGCGCUCGUCGUGUCGCCCGCUGGCAGGGAACUUCUUCUCUCCGGACCGCUCGCCAUUCGCCGACCGCGCUAGGCGCCGUCCCGCGGCUCCUCCUGACUGAGGCGGAGGGUGUGCGACGACGCCCGCGCUCCCUCUCCGUUCCGGAAGUGCGCCGUGUCCGCGCUCCGCUCGUUCGCUGAGCUGCGCUCAACGCCGCAGCCGUGUGCGUGCGCGCGCCCGUCUGCCGCUCGUCUCCGCUGCGUCGCAUCGGGCUCGGCGCUGGCCGCACGGAGCGCCCCGGUUCGCUUCUUCGACGCCCUGACUGAGCAGAAAUGGAGAAGUUGGACGCUACUUCCGAGCUCCAGUCCCGACUGUCCUCGCUGUCGGUGUCUUCCUUCCCGGGAAUAACGUCGAAAAACUGCGAGAACAACUCUGAAGACCGGCUCCGGAGCACGGACCUGUCGCAGCAACCACACAGCCCCGCGAGCCUUCCCGGGGCCGAUGGCGCCGGAGACGCGUCGAUUCAGCCAGCUGCAAAGAGUAACCACAACCCCUCACUAGGGUCACCCACAGAGGGUGACGCAGAGUUGGUCGGCAACAGUGGCAAAGAGCAUCCUGAAGAUGGGAAAGCCUCCUUGCCCCCCCUCAAGCCUCCCUCCACCUGGACGUCCCCGGCCCUGAAGGAGCUGAAGGUUAAGUUGCGGCUGGAGAAGGACGCCGUGGUGACCGUGUACCGUGGCGAUGUCAUGACAGUGCAUGUUCCCACUGUUCCUGAAGCCAAGCGAAUUUGCUGGGAGUUUGCCACUGAUGGCUAUGACAUUGGCUUUGGUAUCUACUUCGACUGGUCACCGGUCACCAGCCGUGCCAUUACUGUGCAGAUAAGUGAGUCCAGUGAUGAUGAGGAUGAGGACGAGGACAUUGAAGGUCCUGUCAGUCCUGGCGAUGUAGAGAAGGGGUCCAAAUCAUCAGCCAACUCUAAUUUGGGCGAGAUCCUACCCGUGUACCGCCAGGACAGCCACUUGGCUGUGCAGGGGGGCAGCCAUGACUUCCCAGGUGAGGGGACAUACCUUCUGAAGUUUGACAACUCUUACUCCCUGUGGCGGAACAAGACUCUGUACUAUAGAGUGUACUACAGUGCCUAAGGGCCACAUUGGCUGUGGCAGAUGAAUGUGCAACUGCAAAAGACUUCAAAGAUAUAUAUUUUUGAAUCUAUAUAGUGUAUGUUAGGUUUCCACCUAUAGGUGCAUUUAUAUAUAUGUAUGUUGAAAUCAAUUGCUUUUGCUCUCACAUUAUGGGUUCUAACUAAUGGAAGAAAGUUUGAAAAUGGACAAAGAUGACUUUUGUGAAUAGAUCUCUGUUUUAGUGCAUUUUAUCAGAGUUUGUGUAUGUGCAAUGUUCUGUUUUCAUAUGUUGUGUAAUAUUAUACCCACAUCCCAUGUUUAUCAAUUCAAUGUAGUCUAUAAACCUAUUUACCAGUGGCAAAGUUCAGGCAAUAUAUGUGCUGAAUGAGUUAUGUUGGUAGGAGUUCCCAGACCAGUGUGGUACUUGUAAUGUGUAAAGCCCAUGUAAAAAAUGUGAUAGGCAAUCAGGAGCUUGCAGAUUUGAGUGAGGAAUUCAUGGUUUAAAACAGCCUGUUUUGAUUUUGUUUAACAUCAGUGUCUCUGUGUCACUGUUGGGAGUCAUUACAAGAACCAUUAUUUUAGUUGAUGUUCAAGGUGUGAAUUUAACUAAUGGGUGUCAAAUUCAGUCUGUGAAUGUUUGAGAGUGUAUGGUUUUCUGUUUAAAUACUAUAUUUAAUGGUUGACAGAUCAUUUUUUCAUAAAUUAGCAGAAAAACAAAAAUGUUUAAAUAUUUUUAGAAAUGUACAAAUUUGGCUGACAGUGAAUAUAAGUGGGAAGACGAAAUGGACUCUUUAGUCCAUUUAAGGCAGGUUGGAUCAAAAACAAACAUACAUAACCAGCUGUCCAUGGACUGAGUGUGAAAGCUGUACCUUGAACAGCUGCAGCCCUGUAGGACUGGGACCAUCUGCCUUGUGGAGGUUGACUGUAGCUCCCUUUCCAUCAGUUCCUCUGUUUAUGUUAGGUUCUUAUUUGCAGUAUGACGGAUGCAUUUAGUUGCUCUACAAGAGUAACAGUAUUCAUAAGUUAAGGCCAAAUUUUCUACAUGAAUAUUGUACUGCCCAAGGGGGGCCUCUUUCAUAUGCUGGAACCCUUAAUACUCAAAUGAUUUUUUUUUUUUUUUUUUUUCCUCCCCCCCUUUUUUUAACCUAUGGCUUUGAAAGCUGGGCAGUCUUGACAAUCUUCUGGUAACUUGUGUUCAGUUAAUGUUGAAUGGUGACUGAGAAAUUGCCAGACAACAAUUAUCUGAUAAAAGUAACAAUAAGCAGAAACACUAAUAUUAAGAUUAUGAAAUACUUCUAACCUUAUAUUGUAUGAUAGUGAAAAAAUGCAUCUUGAUUAUGUUGCUGAUAGGUACAGUAUUUACACUGGCAAUAUCCUCCUUUAGUAGAAAAGCAGAAGUUUAACUUGUAACCACAGUAUGUGGGUGAUUUAAGGUUAUACUGUUACAGCACAGCUUGUGAUUAUUAACCCUUAAUAAAUUUCUUAAAUGUACAUCACUUUGGAAAAACAUCUGCUAAAUGAAUAACUGAAUCAGGCAACCUUGAGAUGGGUUCUAAUGUGAUGUUUUUGUUUAACACACAAUCACUAUGUAAUAACUCAUCACUCUGCUUACUGUACAUGGCUGUACCUUAUGUGCUAUUAAGAUCUGAUUGAAAAAAAUGUAUAUACCCUCACACUGGUUUGGAAGCCCCUUGCAGACUUGUAAGUAAUUCGGCACCUGUUCCUGUUUACAAAGAGACCAUUUAUGCUCUGCUGCUAUAAAUAUAAAAAAAAGAAGCUUUACAUGUUUGCUGUCCGGUCUCUCUUUCAGUUUGGAAACUGUAGCUAUGAGUAUUUUUAUUUAAUAAAUGAAGGC